GAGCGCGGCUGUCCGGAGCGGGCUGGCAGGACGAGGACCCGGGGCUCGUCCGGCAGCUCACGGGGCUGGGGUGUUGCGUCUGGCCCGCCGGCGCCUGCGCUCGCCUCCCGGGAGGGCGACCGGGCCAUGGCGACCGCGGCCCUGGCGAACGGAGUGCGCCUCCGCCGGGUCCUCCAGCUGUUGGCGGGACCGCCCGCGCCCACACGGCCGCGCCCGGAGUCAGUGACCUUUGAGGAUGUGGCCAUCUACUUCUCUGAGAAUGAAUGGACCGGCCUGACCCCUGCUCAGAGGGCCCUGUACAGGGAUGUAAUGUUGGAGAAUUAUGGGACUGUGACUUCCCUGGCAGCAUUUCCAUUUCCCAAACCGACUCUGAUUUCCCAGCUGGAGCGAGGGGAAGCACCCUGGUGCUCAGCUCCUCAGGGAGCUCUGGAUGGAGAAGGUCCAAGGGCCAUCACCUCAGGAUAUCCAUUUCUAAAGCCUACUGGGAUCUCGCAUCUUGAGCAGCUGGAAGAGCCCUCGAGCUUGAAACUACCAGCAGAGGGUCCAAGCCUAAUUUGUACUGAGAGCAUGUGGAAGAGUGAGAAAGAAGACUUUAUUCUGAAAGAGGAAGUUUUUGAGGAGGCACAGGACCUCAUGGUGCUAUCAAGUGGAUCCUGGUGGUAUGGCUCCCAGGAGUUCUUUUUUGGAAAAACCUGUGAAGAGGAGAAAAGCAGGUUAAGGAGGUGGCCUGGCCAUCCCAAUAGGGGAAAUUUGGAAAACACUACAAGCGAUAUUGUAGAAGUGAUUGUCAAGGAUGAGAUGAUCUCAGUAGGAGAGGGUUCAGAAAAUACUGAUGUUAGUAAGUACCUCAGGAUGCAUCAGAAAAUUCUAAAUGAGCAGGUAUUCUACAUACGUGAAGAAUGUGGCAAGUGUUUUGAUCAAAAUGAAGACUUUGGAUACCAUCAAAGAACACAUAAUGGAGACAAGAUCUAUGGAUGUAAGGAAUGUGGGAAGUCUUUCAGUUUUAGAUCACAUUGCAUUGCACAUCAGAGAAUUCACAGUGGGGUGAAACCCUACGAAUGUCAAGAAUGUGCUAAAGCCUUCGUUUGGAAGUCAAACCUGAUUCGGCAUCAGAGAAUACAUACUGGAGAAAAACCCUUUGAAUGUAAGGAAUGUGGGAAGGGCUUUAGUCAGAACACAAGUCUGAUACAACAUCAGCGAAUCCACACUGGGGAGAAACCAUACACAUGUAAGGAGUGUGGGAAAAGCUUUACGCGAAACCCAGCUCUUCUCCGGCAUCAGAGAAUCCACACCGGCGAGAAGCCUUAUGAAUGCAAAGAUUGUGGGAAAGGCUUCAUGUGGAACUCAGAUCUUGCUCAGCACCAGAGGGUUCACACUGGGGAGAAGCCUCAUGAAUGUCCUGACUGUGGGAAGAGCUUCAUUUGCAAGGCACACCUUAUCCGACAUCAAAGAAUCCAUACUGGGGAAAGACCCUAUAAGUGUAAUGACUGUGAGAAGGCCUUCAGUCAGAAUUCUGUCUUGAUUAAGCACCAAAGGCGCCAUGCUAAAGAGAAACCCUAUAACUGUUGGACCUCUCACAUUCUUGAACAUUAGAGAUGCAUACUGGUGAUUCUUGUUUAUAAUUUCUAGGUUAUAGGAGCCCCAGAGACAAAUGAGAUGACCUUCUACAAUUUGCUAUAACCCUAAUAACCAGUAUUAUUUUUCCCCUUCCCCUGAACAGAUACCACCUACUGUAGCAAGUCUAGACCCCCUGUGUGACGGUGUUUAUAUGAGGCACCACUUGAUUGAGCACCUACUCAAUUAAACAGACCUUUCUUCCUCUUCUACUUCUAACCAGUACCACCCAAGUUAGUAUCUAAUUAUGUGCUGUCUCAUGUUUUUCAGUCUCAUGUCUUAGUUUUGACUCCCAACUGAAUAACUCUUUGAAGAUGAGUACUGCAUUUCUUUUGUACUUCAAGUUUUAAGCUUAUUUAUAUUUUGAUUAGAUAGAGCAUGCUCAUGAUAAAAAAAAUGAAAUAGUUCUGAAGGGUGCUCAGUGAAAAGUAAAUUUUCUUGUCAUGCCUAUCUCCCAGUUCUCCCCAGAAGCAAUCACUUUUACAGGUUGUAUAUCUUUUUGGAGAUUUUCUUUAUAUGCAAAUUUUUUAUAUGCAAAUAUUAAUACUGCUUUUCAUAAGUUGGCCUCACAGAAAACCUCAUUUGAUAUAGAUCACAUUUGACAACUCCAGGACCUUCCCUUCCUCUGAAGUCGUGGUCCUCCUGGAGGUCAUCAGGGUAACUUAGGGAAAGCAGCAGAGAGGGGUCUAUGUUGUGCAGUCUUGAGAGACCACAUUGCACUGAGUAGGAGACAGCACUCUGGGACUGGGAAAAUGUAAACCCAGUGAAGAUAUUUUUUCUUAAAAAUAUGUACAGUUAAAACUCUUUACUGCUGUAUUAUCCUGAAUCUCCCAACCUGUCCCCUACUCAUCACCACAAUAGUCCCUAUCCUAAAAUAAGCCAGCCACAGGGCCAUCACCAAGGGUGGGAGAAGUGGUUACUCUGGUGGUGGUUAAUGCUCUGUUAGGUAGCCUCCUCUAGUUAGCAGUUGGAAAAUUCCCAUAUAACCCAGCAUCUUGGUAUCAGAGUCACACUCUUCUUAGGCCCAGGAUCAGAGAAAACAAAUGCUGGGAAUACAUAGAUUCUAUGCAGGAAAGUAAGGAAGCCUAAAAAUUAACUCUUUUUGAAAUCAGUAGUUUAUAGAACAACAUUUUAGAAGGCGAAUGCAAGCUGUUGGUACUAUGAAAGAUGCAGGAUAUUAGAAAGUGGCACUAACCAUCUUAAAGGUUGAGAGGAUUAACACAUUUGAGAUAUGGGUGAGAUAUGUAAGUGAGAAUUUCAAAUUGGCAAUUGUAUAUUAUGGGCUAGAACACCAUGUUAGCCAUGACUAAAGCUGUUUAUUUGGGAGAUAACAAAUGAGCAGGAAACAAAGCCAUGGGAAGUAAUGAACAACAAUCCCCUAGAGAUGGGAAGAAACGAAUAAAAUCAAGAGCUGUAGUGUCCCAUACAGUAGCCACUAGCCACUUGUGGCUAUUUAAAAUUUAAAUGUAGUUCUUUUAGUCACAGUGGCCACCUUUCAAGCAUACCAUAUGUGGUAGUUAGCCAUCUUAUCAUGUAGCAUGAAUUUAUAAGGUUUUCGUCAUUGCAGAAGUUCCUAGAUAGUGCUACCUUCAAAAUGUAGCAAGAUACCAAGACCCAGAAUGGAGAGCUAAGGAAUAUCAAUUCAGUAUUUAGGGAGCUGGAUAGAGGGAGGUACCAGCAAGGAAUGCUAAGAAAGAGCAGCCAGUGAGGUGUUGACAACAUUACCAAUAGGGGUUAUGCAGGCAACAGUUAAUAGGAUUGAAACAUGGACAAGGGCUGCAAGGAAGUGAUAAUCGAAACCCUAAAUAUUCAGAAGCUCCUAAAGUCGGAAUGAUGAAUGUGUGCUGGAUGAGGUCAGAGUCUUAAAAACUGGAAAGAGAGUUUAUGCAAUAAAAUAAGAGCCCAUGAAAGUAGAAUCAUGAAAGAGAAGGAACCGUUUGGACCUACCAAGGAGCAUCAGAGAAGAUGAUCAACCUUAGGAAUGCUCUUGCUCAAAGAUGGAAAUGUUUGUAGGUAGAGUGGUUAAGUGGCAAGAUUCAUAAGUAACAUAACAAGAAGUUACAAAAUACAGCAAAAGAUAGGUAUUCCAGAGGAUUAGGAAAUUGCAUGUGGAAAUGGGUGGCCCCUACUAGGAGAGUUUCUGUUUUUUUUUCCUUACCGGAGGCCUGUAGGUGGGCACUUGGAAGCCCUAAGUUCCUAUCACAGACUGCUUAGGAAUUGUGAUGUGAAAGACCUUCCAAUUUUUAAUGACACUUUCUAAACAUGUAAAAGUCAGAAGAGGAAUAAAAUUAAUACUCAAUUCCUAAAUUUUGGAAUAUAGACAGUGGAAAUUAACAUUUUAUGGUAAGUUACAAUAAUAAUUAUUGAAAGCAAAAAAAUUGACUAUGGGAAAAUUUCAUCUUCAAAUUAAAAAAAUAUAGGAUUAGAAAAUGAGGGUAUAUGGAAAUAGUAUAUUGAAAAGUAGCUAGCCUACCCAGAAUUCCGUAGGGGAAUGAAUAAUUAAAGUCCUGCUAUGUUGCAAACUGUAGCCAGUUAAAGUACCUGUGUUAGAAGCACCUCAGUUGCAAACUAGUGUCUGCAAUUCUGAGUAUCUGCCUUUGAGACUUUCAGUUAGGACUCUAUAAUGAUCAUCUCUGACUUGUUUUCCAUCAUCGAUUCCCCUUCUUUCUAGUAACCCAAAUAUUCCAUGGGAAGUUAUCCUUUAUCAGCUAGGUGGUUUGGAUCUAUCCACAAUUUCAUUUCAUGAGACAACCCUGUUUAGCUUGUCAGUCAGCUUGUCCCAUCCCCUUGGCCACAAAGCCAGUGUGACCUGAAAAAUCUACUGAGUCUUCUGGAAGAAAGACUUUUCCUUCUUUGAGAUUUGCCAAAGAAGAUAUUCUGUGUCCUCUGUGUGGCAUGUAGGAAAAUGUGAGACCUGGGACUCUAGAAACUACUUUUUUCUAUGAAAAGAGGAGAUUCUAGAACUUCCAGGUGAUACCAUGUAGAGCCUGUAGAUGAAGCUAAUGCCAAAGAGAACAGUGACAAAAUAGGGAAACUAAUUCCUUACCAACAUCAUUUGAGCCACUAGAUCAAGCAUGACCUGAAGCAGAUAUACUUCCAAGCUUUUCAGCUAUAUGAGCCAAUGAGAAUAUUUUGUUAAAUUAGUUAGAAUUGAGUUUUCUGCCUUUUGUAAAUUAGCCAUUCUAAUACAGGCUUUUAUUUGAAAGCUGUUUUCUCAUAGAGCAUCUUACUGUUGCAUUUUUUCCCCUUAUUUUAGUAGUAAUACAAGCUACUUAUUUUUAUCUCAGUUGCUCAGAGGUCAAGUGACUAAUAGGUGACUUUCAUACCCUAAAGAUAAUUUCAUAAAUACCACCUAAUUGAUCUUUCAACUCACUCCAUAACAUUCCUUCCAAACUUGAUGAAAAUAUCCUCUCAUUCCCAGAUUCUCUAGUUCAUAUCAUACACCCUCAUUUUCAUUUCUUCCUAUCUCUGAGGAAACUUUCUGUACUCUUUUUUUUUUUUUUUGGUCACAUUCACUUCUAUGUUAAGUCAGAUCAUUGUGGAAUAACGAGGUAUUGGAUUGAGAUCUGCUAGAUAUUUAGUUUUACUGAGCAAUAUUAUUGAGGGGGACUGAGUUCAUACCCAGAGUCAGAGCCUGUGAGACUGAAAGUCAUGUCAGUGAUUGAGGUGACAGUUACUUUCUUAUUAUAGCAACAAAGAAGAAAUAAAAAGAAUUGGCUUUGAUCAUUUUUUUCUUCAUUUUU